GAAUUAUAUACUAUCAAUUGCGGUUCUAACAGAAUCUAGUAUCAGUUUCGUUUCCAAUUUGUUUGCUGAAACUAAAAUUGAAAUUGAAAUUGAUUGCAAAUCUGCAAGCCUCAGCUCCACUCCGAAAAGAUCAUAUCGUUUGAGCAAUUUAACCUCGUUCCCAUAGACUGUUAGAAACAUUUACUUCAACACCUUAUAAUUUUCUGCUCCUACUUUCAUAUUUAUUUAUUGUCAAUAACUCAAUGCAGCUGCCAUUAGUUGUGCCCUCUUCUACUGCUAAUGGGAAUAGUAAGAAUCCAGCUAAGCAGCCCACCAGUAGUGAUGGACCAGAACCGUCCAAGACCCCAAAACCCACAGUAAACGAUGGCAACAAGCAGGAACAGACUUCCUCGCAGCAAACACUGAGAAGCGGACCUCUCGCAGCAAAGCCAACAAGACAAUUCAAAUUGAUCUCUGUAAACUUCAAAGAGGCAUCGUUGGACUCCCCCAGCUUCCGUGCAACUAUCAAUCAUCUCGAUACCCAAGUGGUCAACAUUGAAAAGUGGAUAUUGGCUCUUUCAAGUUCAAUCAGAAAGAUACCCUCGUAUAUCAAAGAAGUCCAGUCAUUCUGCAAUUCAUUCCUUGAGCAUUUGGUGCCGUCGUUCAUCCAGGAUGGGCUUAUUGAUCAGGAGUAUACCGUACAAUCAUUGAAUACAACCUUAUCUGGGUUGAAAAAACUCUGGGCUAUCAGUUUGAGCUCGUUAAAUGUCAAUACAUAUACUAUUGAUAACAUCAGAACUGUUGUUUCUAAAAAUGUUGCAUAUUACAAAGAAUUGAGAGAGAAAUUCGAUGCCAGCCAACAGAAAUACGAUAAGUACUUGGAAAUCUACGUCUCCACAUCUAAGACAAAAGACGUGGCUAUGGCAAUGGAAGAUGCCAAGCAGUUACAUGUUGUCCGUAAAGAGUAUCUUCAUGCUUCAUUGGAUUUGAUCAUUGAAUUGUCAGCAUUGGGAAAUCAUUUGGAUAAGGUCCUUGUCAACUUGAGUUCUGAUUUGUGGAAGUACAAGUUCUCGUAUAUCACAAACGAUGCUCUAGAUCCAUUUUUCAAAGAACAGUAUUCAAAGAUUCAAAAGAUCCAAAGCUGGAGCGACUCCUACUCUGUUGCUAUUGAUAAGUUGCAAACAGAUAUGCAAGCUGCCAGAGCCCACGUUGAAGAAAGCUCGGGUAUACAAUUCACUCCAUCUUCCAACCCUAAUGACUACUCAGCCAGCAUGAUCAACUCGCGUACUUUAAAUGACAUUGAUGAAAGAGGCGUAGAGAAGCAUGGUUAUUUGUUCAUGAAAACGUGGAAUGAAAAAUCCAAUAAACCAGUGUGGGUCAGAAGGUGGGCAUUCAUUAAAGGAGGAGUUUUCGGUAUGCUCAUUCUUAGCAGCACCCAGACGUUUGUCCAGGAGACUGACAAAAUGGGAAUAUUGCUAUGCAAUGUCAAGUACGCUCCAAAUGAAGAUCGAAGAUUCUGUUUCGAAGUUAAAACAAGCAAUAUAUCUAUAGUUUUCCAAGCAGAAACGUUGAUAGAUUUGAAGACUUGGUUGAAGGUGUUCGAAAACGAGAAAAACAGGAUCUUGUCAAGUGGAGAAGAAGAUCAAAAUAUAUUUGCUAUUGCCUCGGGAAGAUAUCCUCCAAUUGUGUCUGAAUUCGCUUCGACAAUUAAUACUGUUGUAGACAAGGAAAUGACCAGCACCAGAAUCAUAAACUCGUCAGGUCAGAUAAUCACUUCUAGUCACUUGUCGAGUCACAUUGAAAAGAAUGAAAAAUUCUUUCAGAAAUAUGUCUAUCUGCAAAUACCCCAGAUUAGACCCCCUUUUAUGACAGAAACGACCAAGUCUUCAAUUAUAGCAUAUUCUCUAGCUUCUGCUACAUCGCUCCCGACAGCGUUAACCGCGAACAUUUGGGGUUCUGUGAAUUGGGGUUUGUACUAUUUGCAUGAUGCUGUUGUGGAUCACCUCCCACCUUCUUCUAUCUCGAUUCCAGAAGCAGAAUUGAUUGAGAAGCAGUUAACGCAUAAAGAUGAUUCAGGAAGUUUUUAUCCCGUUUACUACCCGCAUACAUUAGUUGCAAUGGAUAUUCAAAUGCGAGCAUUGUUUGAAACAGCAGUUGAACCUGGUGAGUACUGUUUAGUGUCAUUCCGCUGUAUUUGGUCACCGAACUCGAAACAAGAAUUGAGUGGAAGAUGCUUCAUUACUACACAUCAUAUUUAUUUCUAUAUGCAAGCUCUAGGGUUUGUUGCCUUGUUUAAGGGCUAUGUUGGAAACUUGGUAUCUGUCGAUCAUAAUGCUCAAAAGCUGUACGAUUUGUUAAAAAUUUACAGUCUUGAUGGAGUUAUAAAAACUAAAUUAUUUUUGGAUGACGGAAAGCUCAUCAAACAAAAGACAGUGUAUCUAAUCAAUAACCUCGCUAGCGAUAAACCCAAGAAACUUGCGGAAGUUUUAAAAGAUUUAGAGAGAAUUGAAGUUCAAGUAAAAACGGAGCAAGACGAUCAACUGCAGAUUAAGCUUAUUCAAACAUUGGCUAAGAAUCUCAGUGACAGUGCAAAGGCAGAAAAAGUGAACUUUGAUGGAAAACUCUUGAAAUUUCAAAUUGAUUUCAGGAGAGAAUAUGGGUUCAUAGGUGAAAAGACGUAUGACCUUGUUCCAAAGGCAAUAUUUCAUGCCUUAUUGGGUGACAAUUCUGUAAUAUUUAAGGAUCAAACAGCGUUCACUACAUUGGAGUGUUUCAUCAAGAAACCUUGGAGAGUGGCUGAAAAUGGAAAUUACUAUAGAUCUGUUAAUGCACCAGCAAAUUUUGGCAACAAACAGGUCAUAAUGAGACUUGAUCAAGUCAUAGACAAUAUUCACGACAACCAAUACUACACUUUUACUCAUAAGAAAUCAACAUUCAAAUUUUUUAUGGGGUCUAAGUUUAGUAUAACGUAUAAGUUUGUUAUUGUUGGGGUUGCCGGAAAGCAGUCAAAAGUUUACUUUUAUUGCAAACGGGACUUUCAAGGCUAUCAUCCAUUGAAUUUGAUUAUUGAUCGGAUCUCUAUUCAAAUUGCAAAUAGCCAGAUUAAUACUUUGGAUAAGCGUCUUAAAGAUGUUGUUAUGCAGGUGGGAAAUCAUGGUAUGAUCGUGAAGGCUAUUUAUUUGUAUGGUAAGUUGAGUCAAACUACUGUUCAAGAUGAAAUUGAAGAAGUUCCUGUCAUUUACUUCGGCCUUUUUAAUUCUUUAAAAGUAGUAUCAAAGAAAGUCUUUCAUUCUGGAAUCUCGUUUUUUAUAUGGUUUGUUUCUUAUUUGAUCAUGUCAGGCAAAUAUUUCUUGAGAAGUAUCAGAAUGAAUCAGUUCUUGACAUUGAUCACCAUUUGUCUUGGACUUUUUAACAUAUUUUUAUUAGGAAAGACUUCAACGGCAUAUUGGCAUUCCAGAAUGGCAACACAAAUGGCAUAUGAAUUCGUUAAGAAGGAACCGGUCAUGUUGCAACGGGCCAUUUAUUUGAAGGACAUCCAGGAUUUGCUAAGCGACCAUACCAUAUUUAAUAAUUCGUCGCAUCCGUAUUUAUUGGACGAUAGUUCUAGAUGUCUUGGUGCAUUUAAAGAGAAGUCCUUUGUCUAUAAUUUGAAUGAACCAACCUAUUGGGACGAAUCUUACGGCGACGAAGCAACAAUGGAUGUUGCCAAGCAUUUGAAGAACGAAUUUCGCACCAUUGGUGUUAAAAGACAUGAAUUACUUGUACAAUUAAGCAUCUUGAGGAAAAUGGAGGAAGAAAUUGCAAAGGCGGAGUGGAAGAAUUGGCUCAUGAGUGAAGUACAGCGAUGUGAGUUCAUCUCUGCGAACGUCAUACGAAAGCUCGAUGGAAGUGAACGAGAAGAUAUAGAUGCCGGGGUACAAUCUAUCCAGAAUUACUGUAAUGACUGCAGUGCUCAUUUGAGCGCAGCCGAACUUUUAUAGCAUUGUCUAUACUUUUUUAUUUGUACUUAACUAGAACCCUCUCUUUGAGAGAUUAUUGGCUAUGUCCAAAUACAACGCAAUUGCAUUGAAA